UUUGAGGCCUCGAUCUGUGUGUGGUGUUUGAUAGAGCAAACAGUUAUAAGGAAUUCUAAUUCUUCCACCGCAAAGGGAGGGGACAACGAAAGAAACGACACAACUACCAAGUUGACUCAUUAAUAAUAUCCAAUCAUGGUGACACGCCUUUUGUUGUUGCCUCAAGAAGCUGAAACUUGCCUUUUCCAAUUACAUCUGUCACCCUUUUGGAUAUUCCAUCUAUCUAUCUUCUUAGGCAUUAUUUUUAGCAAAUUGCCAGUUUAAGCAAAAGAAAUAUCUUUUCCCGUUUUCAUCGUUGUAAUUGGUUUUGCAUCUGUUGGGGGCUGAUGGUGGAGGUUUGAUGCGAUCAAUCCUCUCCCAGAAAACCACAUAUUGCCCUUCCGGGUUUUCAUCCUUCCGAGGUUAAGGUUGUGGGAUUUUCAUGCUUAUGUGGGUUGUGUAAUUUGGAAGGUGAUUAAUGGCAAAUGGUUAUUCCUCAAAUGAUUGUUUGAAAGGAAUAGUAGAAAAUUGGUGUCUGUCAGGUUCACAGUAUCAGCUUGGCAAAUUGAAAUAGAAUAGAGAUUUUUCCCAAGGUACAAAGAAUUUUUUUUUUGUAUGUACCGUAGAAUAAUAUUUUUGUUUUGUUGUUCGGUUUCUCGAAGUUCACGAAGAGUUGAACGAAUCUGUAAAAAAAAAUUAUUUUUAAUAUUUAAAUUAACAGUUUGAGAGUUGGCAAUUCAUUGGUUGCGCAGAGUUGAAGAGUUCUGGACAAAACUUCCGGAACCUGUUUUCCAUCUCUCUCGAAAAUCAUGUGGGGCUUUGACUGUUACAACCAAUUCCUUGCGAUGCUUGAGAAAAUUUGAUUUAGUUGUUGUUGGUUGUUUUGGUGAAUGCAAUGAUCCAUUUGACAGAGAACACGAUCUGUCCAACAAACCUUUUUAUUAUUUCAGAAUUUUCGGAUUGUUCAAGAUUUGAUGACUUCAUGUCGGGGGUGUUUGUCCAAAAGGGAAUUUGAGGCCUUUUGAUGAGGCUGUGAAGGGACCCCUGCUUCGAAAUUCCUGAAUAGUUUAGUCAAUUGUGUUUUUUGUCGUGAUUUCUAAGGGACAUGAAGUUUCUGAGCAUUGUGGGAAAUUCUUUUGGAUGUUCUGCAUCCGGUGAGCGCCUAGUUUCUGCAGCAAGAGAUGGGGAUAUUCAAGAGGCCAAGGCCUUGUUGGAAUAUAACCCUCGUCUUGCUAGGUAUUCCACAUUCGGAGUUCGCAAUUCCCCUUUGCAUUAUUCUGCAGCUCAUGGCCACCAUGAGAUAGUGAAUCUCUUGCUUGAGUCCGGAGUUGAUAUCAAUCUCAGGAACUAUCGCGGUCAGACUGCAUUGAUGCAAGCUUGUCAACAUGGUCACUGGGAGGUGGUUCAGACCCUGAUUAUAUUUAAUGCCAAUAUCCAUAAAGCUGAUUACCUAAAUGGAGGUACUGUCCUUCACUUGGCUGCUUUGAAUGGCCAUACCCGGUGCAUUCGACUCAUCCUCGCAGACUAUAUACCUAGCGUCCCUAACUUUUGGAAUGCAUUACAGACAGGUGAUCAUAAAUCAAUCUCAGAAUUUGAUCAAAGUGGACUCUGCGAGGUGAUUAACAGAACUGCUGAUGGAGGCAUCACUGCUCUGCAUAUGGCAGUAUUAAAUGGGCAUGCUGAAAGUGUGCAAUUACUCUUGGACUUGGGAGCUUCUGUGUCUGAGGUUACUGUGGAGGAUGGAACUACCAUUGACUUAAUUGGUUCUGGAAGCACUCCACUCCAUUAUGCUGCAUGUGGUGGAAAUCAACAAUGCUGUCAACUGUUGAUUGCCAAGGGUGCCAAUCUGACUGCUGAGAAUGCAAAUGGAUGGACCCCCUUGAUGGUUGCUCGUUCGUGGCGUAGAGACUGGCUUGAGGACAUCUUAAAAACACCUCCAGAAGACCCCUUACAAGUUCUUCCUUCUCCAUAUAUAUCUCUUCCACUUAUGAGCAUUGUGAGAAUUGCUAGAGAAUGUGGAUGGAGGACAAGUGAUUUAGCACCAUGCUUAGAUCCAUGCGCUGUUUGUUUGGAAAGGAAAUGUAUGGUUGCUGUAGAAGGUUGUGAUCACGAGUUCUGCACACAAUGUGCCAUGUAUCUUUGUUCUACAAACUCUACCUCAACAACCACAACAGGCCCCCCAGGUUCAAUUGCUUGCCCUCUCUGCAGGCACGGCAUAGUCUCAUUUGUGAAGCUUCCAGACGCCAGGCCUUUACAUAAGGAAAUGCAAAGGACAUCAAACUUGUCCCUAACAUUAUGCACAUGUUCAAGUGAGGUCUUGGGAGAUUCCAGUGACAUGACCACCCCAUUUUGCAAACCAACUUCUUCUCGUGGAUCCAAAAGUUCUUCCCCAUCAAGAUCAUUUCGCUCCAUGAGUUGCCAAGGGUUCCCCUCAUUCAGAAUGAACCCCAGCCUUUGCUUGGGAGCAGAUGUUAGCCCCUCCUUAGUCCCUUGCACUGUGAGCAGAAACGUUAGGAACCACUUGGGAAGGUGUUCUGGUUCCACUUUCAGACGUUCAUCUUCUCAAACAGAAAGAAGGAAGUCAUCAUGGUUUUGUUCCCUCAAUCAAUCUGUUGCCACAGGUGGCAAUAGAUGCUGAUUACAUUUUGCUCUUUUCAUCAUCCUUGUUAUAUUAUACUCGUGAUUCCAAAUAUCAUCCACUGUUCACUACAUUGACUGUAAAUACCAAAGCCCAAUUAAAUUUCUUUUUUGGCAACAUAUUUCACAACACAAUUUUUGCAAGAUUCAUGUUUGGUGCUUGUAAAUGCAAACUGCUCAAUGUGAAAUUCGUGACUUACAUAAUUAUCAAUAGCAAACCUGUAAACUAUUUAAAGAAAAA